CAUAUCUUCAAUAUUCUCUCAUCUUCCUCUCUCUACUUUUUUUUUUUUGGUUUACUUUUUCUCUUCAUCUUUUUUUUUUUAAAAAAAAAAAAUUAUAAAAAAAAAGAUGGAUAAAAUAUGCAACUCUCAAGAUGUUGAAGUGAGGAAAGGGCCUUGGACUAUGGAAGAAGAUUUAAUUCUCAUUAACUACAUUGCUAAUCAUGGUGAAGGUGUUUGGAACUCUCUAGCUAAAUCUGCUGGUCUCAAACGUACUGGAAAAAGUUGUAGACUCCGAUGGCUAAAUUAUCUUCGACCUGAUGUCAGGAGGGGUAAUAUUACACCUGAAGAACAACUUUUGAUUAUGGAACUACAUGCUAAGUGGGGAAACAAGUGGUCAAAAAUUGCGAAGCAUUUGCCUGGAAGAACGGAUAACGAGAUAAAAAACUACUGGAGGACUAGGAUUCAGAAGCACAUUAAGCAAGGAGAGAACAUGAAUGGACAAGGAAGUUCAGAGCAAAAUAUUGAUCAUCAAGAAGGAAGUAGUAGUCAAAUAUCAUCAGUUGGUCAAGCAGAUAACAUAGAGACUUACUCUCCAACUUCAUACAAUGGAAAUUUGGACACUAAUUUUCAAGCCUCAAAUUUUCUCAAUGAAACAAAUGACAACAUGUGGAGCAUGGAGGAUAUCUGGUCAAUGCAAUUGCUUAAUGGAGAUUAAAUCAAGUAUGUUUGGAAUAUUUAAUUUGAGUAAUUAAUUAAAACUUAGAUUGAAACCAUUAGUAACGUAUUAUGAAUAUUAAGCUGUUAGAUAUUACAGCUAGCCUAUAUUAUAUAGUGCU